UUGACUUACGCUUAUGAAAGUACAGAGGUCAAAUGAUGACUGAAGGCGAAUCAUUGGCGAGUGCAUGGGUUCAUUUUCCCGCAAACUGAUUUGCUCCUAAGCAUUUGUCAUGUUUUUAACGCACACAGUCAGGAGACUGGUAAAUGCUCCUGCCAGUCAUCGACUAUGCUUGGCGCGGCGGCUGCUGCACGUCCGCCACGAGCCACCGCCUCCGGCAGAGGCGCUGCCAGCUGUGGAGCCGGUGGAUGUUGACUGGAGCCACGUAGAGCGGCUGCUGCCGCGCCGAACGGUUCCCACGCCCACCGACAAAGCGGCCUACCCGUCCGGCUGGACACCUCAGCGAGGUAACCCGUCACUUCCAUACUCGGUCCGCCGAUCAGUGAACCACAUGUUGCCAGUCUACCUGCGCAUCAUGGAGGAUGGCGUCAAACGGCUCACUGUGGUGCGCAACGUCCGUGGAGAUAUCUGGAAGUUGCACGACGAGCUGAAGCGACACCUGGAGGAGGCCAACAGCCGCUACAUCGCCUCGCGUGUCAACGAGGUCUCCCUCUACGUCCAGUUCAAGGGGGAGUACGUGCAGCAGGUCAAGGACUGGCUGAGAGAGCGAGGACUGUGAAUGACGAGAGAUAAAACCCCAUCCAGAGACUGAGGGAGACGGAGUGAGAAAAGUGCCGGUGUCUUCAGUCAGGUUUCGUGUGUGAAAAGGGUGAAUGAGCAUUGUGAGCCAUGCCUGGUUUCGCUUUUUUUUUAAGCGCCGCCAAAAGAUACGAAUUGUCACCGACGUGUUUAGGGGAGCCUUGUGAAGAAUAUGCUUUGUGGAAGCUGAUGUCCAUCUACAUUCACUAACUGGUACUGUUUGAGUUCGCAUCAUAGGUGGUAUGUCGUGAGCAAAGCGUCCAAUAAAUGUAUGCGUGUAUAUGAA